AUGUGGAGGUAUAAUGAAGGUACUUAUAAGUUGUGGAUUAAAAUAUUAGAAAUUGAUGUUGAUUUCCUUCAAAUAAGAAAAGAUGAUGAUGCAUACGAUUUUGCAGCUUAUGCUCGUGUAAAUCAAGUUGAUGGAGAUAUAUUUAUUGAACAUGAUGUUAAGAACAUGAAACUUAAAGGAAGGGUCCAAAAGAUGAAUGAACUGAAGAAGGUAAAUUCCAAGGCUUGGACUUGGUUAAUGGCAGUUCCUACAAAAUGUUGUUGUAAGCGUGCAUUUUGUUUUUAUCCUAAAUGUGAUGUUUUGAUGAAUAAUAUAUCUGAAUCUUUUAAUGCCACUAUUUUAGUUGCUAGUGACAAGCCUAUUUUAACCAUGUGUGAGUGGAUUAGAACAUAUCUUAUGAAUAGGUUAGCAACCUUUGCCACCAAGCUUGAUAAGUGGCAACGUAGAUUUAUGCCAAUGCCUAAGAAAAUGUUAGAUAAGGAAGUUUUCAAUAGUGGGCAUUGGCUGCUAACAUGGUCCUUGGUUGAACAAUUCCAGGUUACACAUGCUUUCAACACUUAG